GUCCCUUGCGUAAAUCAUUGUGCGUAGCUCGAGCCCGAGUGAGAAAGGGGGGAAUGUCGGCUCGUGAAUGAUCGGUGUUUGAGGCGGCAGGAAAGCGUUAACGUUAUGGCUCAACAGAAGAACCUGGACGGAUAUGUUGGCUUUGCAAGCCUUCCCAACCAAGUGUACAGGAAGUCUGUGAAGAGGGGCUUUGAGUUCACCCUGAUGGUCGUGGGUGAAUCAGGACUGGGCAAGUCGACUCUGAUCAAUUCACUGUUCCUAACAGACCUGUAUUCAGCCGAGUAUCCAGGACCUUCACACAGAAUCAAGAAGACCGUACAGGUGGAGCAGUCUAAAGUGUUAAUAAAGGAGGGGGGUGUCCAGCUGCUGCUCACGAUAGUCGACACUCCGGGGUUUGGAGAUGCUGUGGACAACAGCAACUGCUGGCAGCCGAUCAUCGACCACAUAGACAGCAAGUUUGAGGACUACCUGAACUCAGAAUCACGCGUGAACAGGCGACAGAUGCCCGACAGCCGAAUCCACUGCUGCCUUUACUUCAUCGCCCCCUCUGGACACGGACUGAAGCCUCUGGACAUCGAGUUCAUGAAACGGUUGCAUGAGAAAGUCAAUGUCAUCCCGAUGAUCGCCAAAGCAGACACUCUCACCCCGGAGGAAUGCCAACAGUUCAAGAAGCAGAUCAUGCGAGAAAUCCAAGAGCACAAAAUCAAGAUCUACGAGUUUCCCGAGACGGACGACGAAGAGGAGAACAGGCUGGUGAAGAAGAUUAAAGACAAGCUGCCGCUCGCUGUGGUGGGAAGCAACACCAUCAUCGAGGUGAACGGGAAGAGGGUGAGAGGAAGGCAGUACCCCUGGGGUGUCGCAGAAGUGGAAAACAGCGAUCAUUGUGACUUCACCAUCCUCAGGGACAUGCUGAUCAGAACUCACAUGCAGGACCUGAAGGACGUGACGAACAACGUCCACUAUGAGAACUACCGGAGCAGGAAGCUGGCCGCCGUCACCUACAACGGAGUGGACAACAACAAAGCUAAAGGACAGCUGUCCACCAAACUUGACACAGUUGAAGGAAUGAGUCCUCUGGCCCAGAUGGAGGAGGAGCGGCGAGAGCACGUGGCUAAAAUGAAGAAGAUGGAGAUGGAGAUGGAGCAGGUGUUCGAGAUGAAAGUCAAGGAAAAAGUGCAGAAGCUCAGAGACUCUGAAGCAGAGCUUCAGCGGCGCCACGAGCAGAUGAAGAAGAACCUGGAGGCUCAGUACAAGGAGCUGGAGGAGAAGAGGCGCGUCUUCGAGGAGGAGCGGGUAAACUGGGAGACCCAGCAGCGGCUGGAGCAGCAGAAACUGGAGGCCACCAG